AUGAAUCUAGCGCUCCUAGAUCGGGACACCGACAACCUGAACAGCGCCGUCAAGCUUCUCUCGUCAGAAGCCAAAAGCUCCGACCUCAAGACUGAGGGCUACACCCUUGACGUCUCGGACCUGUCUGCCUGGAAAUCAACCGCAUCGAAAAUCUCCUCCACUUUCGGCCCCUCCAUCGAUUUACUGAUGCUGAACGCUGGGCACGCACCUAAGAAUACUGGGAACUCGAAGUGGCUAGACGUGAACUACUGGCACCAAACCCUCGACACGAACCUCUUCGGUGUGGUCAACGGCAUAGCCACUUUCCUCCCCCUGAUCCAAAAAUCAGGAGGGCCUUCGAGCGUAGUAAUCACCGGAUCCAAACAAGGCAUCACCAACCCACCCGGCAACCCCGCCUACAACGCCUCCAAAUCCGCCGUCAAAACCAUCGCCGAGCAUUUGAGCCACGACCUCCGCACCGAAGGCAACGAGAACUACUCGAAAGGCACGACGGUUCACCUCCUCAUCCCAGGCUGGACGUUCACCGGUCUCUCUGGCAACACAGGCCCUACCUCCUCGCAGGAUGCGUCAGCAAAUAAGCCGAAGGGCGCAUGGCUGCCGGAGCAGUGCGCACAGUAUGGCGUCGACAAGAUCAAGGCAGGGAAGUUCUAUAUCGUCUGCCCUGACAAUGACGUAGACGAGUCACUCGAUCAAGCAAGAAUGACGUGGGGCGCAGGCGAUGUGGUAGAGGGAAGGAGUGCGCUCAGCCGGUGGGACGAGCUGUACAAGGGCGACAGUGCGGCUUGGAUUGAGGAGGAGGCGAAGAGGAGGAGAGGGGAGGCGAAGGGGGAUGGGUUGGCUACCCGAUGA